AUGGCUGUCGCACCAGGAGAGCGCCUGGAGCUCCAGCUGCUGGCAGUGGAAAUGCUCCUUUCACUCGUCCCUCAAAAAGGUGAAAUAAAUCUGCUUGAGGAUGCUGUCCCCGGCGAGCAGCGCUACCUGAGAAACACUGAUGGAGCUCUGCCCCCACACCGCGAGUAUUCAAUCGCUGUUGAUGUCGGGGAGGCAAAGGGGAGAACCUCCAGGUACUGCUGCCUCAUGUAUCCUCACGUAGCUCCUCAGCUUUCUGCAAGAUCAAAUGCGCUGCACAGACCGCAGCAGUUGCAGCUCAACACUCGCCUCGCUUCUCACUCCGGGUUAAACCACGACACUCACAUCGGCUCUUUAGGUUCAAGUGAACUGUCUAGAUACGAAGCUGUGCAAUGGGUGAAAAAAACCAGUCCACCUUACUUGGAAAACAGUAAGAUCUCUUCUGACAGGGCCUCAAAAGAAGCCGUAGUUAAAGAAACAUCUCAUUGUAUGUGGAUCUACAGCCAUCAUAUAUAUAGGCAGGAACUGAGGAAAGAGAUUUUUGACAGUGCAAAGAAGUUAAAUCUGACUGGCUUCUGCCUAACGGGGAAACCUGGUGUGAUCUGUGUGGAGGGACUCCGAGAAAACUGUCAAGAGUUUUGGCAUGCUGUUAGGUAUCCCAGCUGGAAGCAUAUUUCAUGCAAGCGUGUGGCGAAUGGAGAAAAGGAGGGAAAAAUCGAUAAUUGUCUCUUCCCUGCUUUUGAAGACCUACAGUUUCAGGCACAUGGAGAUUAUGGCCUGAGGAACAACUAUCACAUGGAUCUUGGCCAGUUCCUAGAACUCCUGAGAUAACAUCAAAGUGGGCAUAUUUUUUGGAUUUUAUUUGGUGUCAAAGGCAAACUUUGA